AUGGCGCCUAAUACUACAGAGGAAAGAUGUCUAGAACCCACAGAGGGUGAUUUCGAAAAGCUAAUAGCACCACAGGCUGCCCCUCGAAAGUUUCAAAUAGUGUACAGGAAUAUUCUCACAUUUGGUUACGGUCAUAUUGCAGCAUUGUAUGGCCUUUACCUGGCUCUCACUCAAGCAAUGUGGAAAACUAUAUUUUUUUAG